UGUUUCAUAUUAAGAGCCGGAAGUGUGCAAACAUAUACUUGAACAAGAGCAAGCUUGAGGAGAAAAGAAAGGCGGCGUUCCCGGCCUCAGAUCCACCACAACUUUACUCGCAUCAUGGGGGGGGUUGCUUGGCGGCGCUGUUAGCUGCUCUGACAGCUCUCCAGUCAUGCGUCGUGAGUACCUCGGUGUCUACCGCGUCGGGCAUGGUGACUGCCGACUUGCCGGUAAAACCCCGUAUGCUGCCCGAUACACCUAUCUACAGGCUAUUGAGAACAGUCGAUACAAACGACAAGAGCAAUGAAGAGAGAGUGUUGAAUGCUGCCAUUGAAAAACUCACGGGUCUGGUUAGAACGGGGGUGAUGAAGAUCAGUGGAAACGCGAAUUUGAAAAUCUUGCUGACGGGGGAGCAAGGUGCCGACGAUGUUCUAAAGAUGUUUCAACUUGAUAAGGGAAUUAGCAAAGUUCUCGCCAGCCGUAACCUGAAGCCUAAAGUGCAGGCUAUGGAAAGCUAUUUGAAAGAGGUGAACAAGAUUAACGGAAACGACAAAUUGUCGGUGAUUGGAAUAUUCACGACGCAUUACGGAGAUGCUGCUGUGGCGCGAGCACUUGUAGUAGCACAGAAGAAGGCAACGACGCAUGACGCGGCGAAUACGAUAAAGCAGUUGCGAAGCGAACAACUAUCUGCUUGGAUGAAGAGUGAGAAAACCGUCGACGAUGUUUUCGAGCUGCUAAAGCUUCGCCAGAACGGAUACAAAGCUCUUGGCAGUCCGAAGCUGGAGGUGUUGGACGACUACAUGAAGAUGGUUAUCCAGAAGACCUCGGGCAAACAAACUCUGCUCCAGACCUUAACCAAUGGCUUCGAAGGCGAAGAGAAGUUGGCAGCGCUGCUGGUGCGUGCGAAGGAGGAUACCAGUACCAGUGAGCUUGCGACGGCGUUGCAGAACGCACUAAUGAACAAGUGGAUAGAAACGGAUAAACUGAAGCCGGAAAAUGUUUUCAGUAAAUUGAGACUUGACCGCGGUGUGGAUGCCUUAGUAGACAGGAAUGAACAAACUCUGGCAGCGUUUAUCUCGAUGUACAACGCACGGAAUCCAAACAGCAUGGCAUCGCUGAUUGGGACGUUUACUAGGCAGUACGGGGAUGAUGUGGUGGCACUAGCACUAGGUUAUGCGAAAUCUGACCCUACCAAAAGGUGGGUGGCUAUCUACAUGCAGCAGCACCAAUUUCAGGCGUGGCAAAAGAGCAAGAAAUCGGCCGUCGCUGUUUUUAAGGAACUGGAGAUUACGUUCGACGAUUUCGUACCCACAGUUAACCACAAGUUUGAUACAUUGAGCGGGUACAUCAAGAGUCGCACAAUAGUUUUAUAG